AGAUGGCGACUGUGAGUCUGUUUGUUUCCACUCCAUGGUCCAAACAUAAAUCUCACGGCGAUGGUGCUGGUAUGAUUUCAGUAACAGGCAGGAGAAUUCAACCCUGUGCUGCUGACAGUUUAAAAAACCUCUCCAAUGAAGCACACGGGCCAGUUUUAAGAUGCUGAACGGAUCCCGGUGGAGAUCGAGUCCUGAACUACAGCAGGCGGAUGUGUGUAGCACAAUGGAAACUGAUCCUGCGGAAUGGACCAGAUUCAGACUGAUCUCAUGAAGCUUCAUGACUGCCUCGUUUUUAGGAAUUUUACCAGCGAUUGCAUCACUUGAAAAAAAAAAACGCUUGUUUUUAUUUUUAUUUUGGGUGGUUUUUUUUGGGGGGGACAUUGCACAUUUGUUUACGGGUUAACUAAAAGCUGUCCUCGCAUUCAUUGAUUGAUCUGUGGCUACAUCAGUUAGCUAGAGGAGAUUACCCGGGGCCUGCGAGGGAUUUAUCCGAGACCUACCCAAGAAAGGAGUGCGGCGUUCCGGCGUCGCUUUAACGCAACAUCGGGGAUUCAGUCCGGCCUGCAACUUUGGACGCAGAUUCCUGGGAUAUCGAGCUUAGGGAUUCUGUUUUAUCUUAUCAGCUGUUUAAUUCUCGAAAUAUUCUCUCUAACAUUUAACACAAAUUUGCAACAAAUACCCAAUAUUAGGCAUACGUAUUUACUUUAAAUUAUUAACAACCCUGUUUGGAGCUAGCCAGCUAGCUAGCUAACACUACUUGCAGAUUGCUGGUUUGUUUUGGAGCCAAAAAAAUAACGUAGCUACAUUAUUUUUGUUACUAAGAGCAAAACGAAUUUGCGACAGUUUCUUUAAUGGGUGCACUUUAGACAUUAAUGUGUUAAAAUUGGUAUUUUUUCCCCUUCAGUUACUCAGUCACCUUGGUUUGUUUACAACAUUGUUACUAGUUAGCCGAGGCUUCAGGGCAGAGCAGAGUUCAGUUACAUUUAUUAAGGAUUAUUCUUAUUAUUUUCACUAUCAAACACAGACUUUACCUACUGAUUUAAGGAUGCACUAAUGUUAAACUCUACUUUAAAGGGAAAAAAGAAAGAAAAGCAUUAACUGUGAUUAAUAGUAACCGCUGGCUGUGACACUAAAGUGCUGUUUCUAAAUGAAAGAUAACUCUAAAUUAAGGCUCACACUUCAUGCUGCUGGCAUUUCUGGCCUUGUGAUCAUCUAAUCAACUUUACUGAAGUCAAAGCAGAAAGGAAAUGUUAAAUCUGUCCAGGAGUUCAAUUAUUAUCCCAAAUAAUAAUAGUAGAGCAUUAAAGUGAGUAGACGGAGGUACCACGUCCAACUCUCCAGGCUUGGACCAUCAGAUCACUCAGCUUUAUAAAUGAGACGAUGCAUACCAGGACCAUCGCCGUGGCCUGAUAUAUAAAAAAACUACAACAUACAGCAAGAAAAGUGACAUCUUUGCCCCGUGAAUGAAUCAGGAGCGAGGAAGAAGCCGAGACGGACACUUUGCCUAAGGAGAUGACCACACGUUGACCACGGUUUCACUACACAGACGAGUGGUUGAGCUUCAGGAGCUGCGCAGACAUGAGUGUUCGACCUCCAACCUCGACUCUGGACAGUCCGUUUGCUGCUUGGUUGAGCAGCUUGACGCUGGGAGACUCGAAGUCUUCUCUCGGCCAGCAGAGAGACCCUUUCCCCGAGUUCCCUUCUGACGGUGCAGCUGCAGGUCUGGUUCAGAGAUGUGUGAUCGUACAGAAGGACAGUCUGGGCUUCGGCUUCACUGUGUGUGGAGAAAGAAUUAAACUGGUGCAGAACGUUCGUCCAGGUGGAGCAGCAGUAAAGGCCGGAGUGCAGGAAGGAGACCGGAUCAUUAAGGUCAACGGCUCCUUAGUGUCUUCCAUGUCUCAUCAAGAAGUAGUGAAGAUGAUCAAAUCUGGAACGUACGUGGCGUUGACGCUCCAGGGCCCACCUCCUUCGGUAGCCUCUGUCCCUCUUCAGCCCCUCUCAUCCGACCUCCCAGCCAAUCACAGGACGCAGCUAGGGGAUGAAACCACACCUCCUCCACCCCCACCCCUGCCUGCUUCAGGAAUCGGCACGCCAUCGCAGAGAAUCACCGGCCCCAAACCGCUGCAGGACCCAGAAGUCCAAAAACACGCCACACAGAUCCUGAGAAAGAUGCUGGAACAGGAAGAGGCGGAGCUACAGGACCUGCUGGAGGAACAAUCUCGCAACCCGUCGUCCUCUCUGGAAGAGAGGAUAGAAAGCGCAAAAAGGCGUGCUAAUCAAGUCAGAGUGAAAAUGCAGAAAGAUCUGGAUGGCACACGCUCGGAAACGGCAAGCAACUACGUUACUGCUGGAGAAGGUCGAUUGUCCAUAGACGCGGGUGAAGGGGAAUAUGAAACAUGCGAGAGCCCUUUCUCCUCUCCGUCCUCAUCAUUCAGGACUCCUCAACACCGCAGACAGGGCUCCGGCACGCUUGAAUCGGCUGGGAAAGCUCAUAUAAUCGGUCCAGAGGAAGAAGACGACGAUUAUGACGGAUAUAUGAUGAAUGAAAUGGACGGCCCGUUUCAGGACAUCGAGCUGCUGAAGAGUCGUCCUGCUCACAUGACGGUUUUUAUGAGAUACAUCUUCAGUCAGCUGCUGGACCCAAACCCACUGCUCUUCUAUCUCUCUGUUGAGGCUUACCUGGGUUCGAGUCCUAAAGACGCCCGUGCCAUCGCGCCCCAGAUCUGCUCUCACUUCCUGGACCCUGAUGCUCCUCUGAAGAUUAAAGUCAGAGACGAGUAUCUGACAGAUAUCGAGAGUCGUCUCCAUGCUCAGGAGGACAUCAGAGGUCCGCUCUCCGAGCUCCAGCAGCAGGUGCUUCCAGAGAUCCAGGACCAAAUACAGGACUACAGGAAUAAGCAGCUAAUGGGGCUGGGCUCCUUGUUCGGAGAGAGCGAUCUUCAGCAGUUAGACGGCGACCCAGCGAAAGAGAGACAGGUGGUGGACAGACAGAUCACGGCGCUGUGGGAACUGCUCUCAAAGCACGAAGAGGAGAGAAGUUCCCCGUUAGCAUCAGCGAUCACUCUUUACCUGCGUCACGCCGGGAUUAAGCUGAGAGACUCCAAACUUUUCCCAGGACUCAGCACAGAGAAGGAAAAGUGGCUCGCUUUCUUCCCCAAGACCAAGAGGCAGCUGAGCAGUACGAAGAGGGAGAAAGAUGGAGAGGAUAAGAAGAGGAAUCCGAUCUUAAAGUACAUCGGCAAACCCAGGAGCACAUCCCAAUCCACGUUCCAUGUCCCGUUAUCCCCUACAGAAGUGCGUGCAGGUAACGUGCGGAACAUUAUCCAGCAGUUUGAGAACCAUACAGACUGUGAGGAGGGAGAGAACGGAGGGCAGAGACUCUCCACUGGCAGCCUCGGGGACGAGAGCAUGGACAGUCCUACAGUGUCUGUGCGUUUGGCUCGCAGCGAGUCCUUGAAGGCUCAGGGCGAGGGGCGUCGUCGUGGAGGUGGAACAGGGGCGGAGACUGUUCCCCGUUCCCGCAGUGACGUUGACAUGGAAGACUGCGACGAAAGGGAAGGGCCAGGACUACGCCCAUUACAUCACAGCGCUUCUUCCUCAGCCUCCAGCAGCUCAGCGAGGUCACUAGAGAAUCCCACGCCACCUUACACCCCUCGCUCCAGACGCAGGAGUGUGGACACGCCGCUGGCGUUGUUACCGGACGCUCCUCCUCUGGAAGAGGACGUUGUUGACUCUCAGAACUGGCAGGAGACAGUGGAGUUACACACACUCCACUCCCUCAGCUCGCGGGAGAUUGACCGUCAGGCUGUCAUAUACGAGUUAUUCACGACGGAGGCGUCUCAUCUGCGGACACUCAGGGUUCUGGAUCAGGUGUUCUUCCAGAAAAUGAGAAACCUUUUGACCUCAGACGAACUUUCCUGCAUCUUCCCUAACCUGCCUCAGGUCUACGAGCUGCAUGCGAGUCUCUGUGAAUCCAUGAAGAAGCUGAGGGAAUCACCUAUUGUCCAAGGCAUCGGAGACAUCAUGCUUGCUAGAUUUGAAGAUGCAGCAGGAGAGGAGUUUCAGGAGCAGGUGUCUCACAUGUGCAGUCAGCAGAGUCAGGCUCUGGAGCUCAUCAAGAACAAACAGCGCAAAGACCCUCGCUUCGCUCACCUUAUACAGGAGUGUGAGGCGAGUCCUCACUGCCGCCGGCUACAGCUCAAGGACCUGCUAGUGUCUGAGAUGCAGAGACUCACCAAAUACCCCCUCCUGCUGGAUAACAUCAUCAAACACACAGAAGCCAGUUCUCCUGACCUGCAGCCGCUGCAGAGGGCACAGGUGUGUUGCCGAGGGAUACUGCAGGCCGUCAAUGAGGUCGUCAGGGAGACGGAGCACCGACAACUGCUCAGCCAAUACCAGCGCAGGCUGGACUUGUCACCUCUGGAGAGACAGGCCAAUCCCGUUGCAGCGCCAUUUAAGAAUCUGGACUUGACCACAAAGAGGAUGAUUCAUGAAGGCCCUCUAACAUGGAAAGUCAGUAAAGACAAAGCUAUAGAGGUCCAAGCUCUGCUGCUCUCAGACCUGUUGGUGCUCCUCCAGAGAGGUCCGGACGACCGCCUGAUCCUGCGCUGUCCGUCACGCUCACUGGGCGGAGUCGGGAACACGGACCACAAAACGCCAUUUUGCCCUGUGGUUCGCCUCAACUCCUCCCUCGUCAGAUCUAACGCCACGGAUAACAAAGCCCUGUAUGUGGUCAGCACUUCUGAGACACAGAUGUACGAGCUGGUGGCUGGAACAUCCUCAGAGAGAAACACCUGGAAGGAUCUGUUAGAAAAGACAAUCGCGUUGGCCUCCGAAGGUGCCGCAGCCACCAAACAAGGAUCACCCGCUCAGUCCUCUGUUCGGCGAUUACAUGACAGUCAUGUCAAUCAAGACGGUUCACUAACAGAAGAGACGAGUUCUGUGGAGAGAGAUCCGCAGAGCGACGACGAAAGUGCCCUCCCUUCCAGCACCCCAACCGACCAAUCAGAAGCCUUCCUACAUGAUGAUGCACACAAUAACCUGGAACCACGGCCUGAAGUCUCUGAGGCUGCUCUUCAAGAUGUUGAGACACUCAGACAAUUAAUCUUCAGAGAUCUCGAAGAUGGGUGGAGCCAAGAUUCAGAUGACACGCCUACCAACGAAACAGCCAAUGAAAGAAGCCCGUUCACAGAUCGCCCAGGAUCAGAGGCGUCUGAGCCUAGCUUUACUGAAAGCCCCAAACAAUCAGCGCAAGAUCAUGUAGAUGCUCCGCCCAAGGAGGCGGAGCGACCGACUGUUCAGGUUAUGAGGAAAGCUGUGGGUGCGGGCUCUUCUUCUAUUCCUGAUGACAUCCCUGAUGUCACCUCCGUCCAAUCUUCCGAAUCAAAAGGGAACAUGUUCUACCUGGUGAUGCCCAAAGACCAGAUGGGAGCUCUUACGGAAGAGAGCAGCACGGACGAAGUGAGAGAUUCGAGUCCUUCAGAGGCACCGGAAGCCGUAUCAUUGUCUUCACAGCAAGACAGUGAAGAGCAGGAAACCCCACGCCGGUCACAUCCGGAGGUGACGAGUAACGAGACGGGGCUCAGCCAAUCACAGGCCAGCACACAGCGACAUGUGAUAAAGAACAUGGAUGAGAUUUUUCGAACAAUGGAAGAGCUGAUGAAAAAGCUACAUCGGCUCAAAGAGAUCGAAACCGAACAUUACAGACUUGUAAAGACAGAAAAGAAGAAAUCUCCUACCGGGCAAAAUUCAGAUGACGUCAUCCACACAUCUGCUUCUGUUGUCAGGAUGCCAUCCAUGGACAGAGGGGCAGGAGACGGUGAGUGGGUCAAAGGGAAGGAAGGUGACGCCACAGAAGCCGCUCAGCCUGUCAUGCAGUCCACAGGAUUCUGACAUGUCUCUCUCUCUCUCUCUCUCUCACUCUCUUUCUCACACACACACACACAAUGUGCUGAAGGAUUUUUUUAAAUAAACACUCGCACACAAAACUAAGGGACCGGCAUUUCUGUCACCUUUCACAUCCUAUGUAGCUCCUUCCUACAAUCCCAGCAUGCUUUGCUCCUGGGAGAAGCCAGGAAUAUGAUGUAUGUCGUUCGUGUCCUCUAUCAUCAGGAAGUGAGACAGAGAGAAAGAGAGAGAGGACAGAAGAAGCUUCAGCACAUGAAAACUGGAAAGCAAGAAGACAAGAAAGAAAGAAAAAGUGCAGGAGGAACGUUCUGAAAUGCGAAACAUAGAAGGUUUAAUGGUACACAAUGAAAGAAGGUAAAGCGAGGUCGAUCUGAUGGUAUCAUUAAUGAAGGUUAACGAAGGAAGGCGAGCUUGAACGGGAUUGGCUGAGGAAAUGACUCCGCCCUCUGAAGGAAGCCCCAGCACUUUACCUGCUGUAUGUAAAUAAUCUGUACUCACAUUCAGCGUUCACCUCAUCCGUCAGAAAAGGGGAACUGUAUCAGUAAAUGGGUUAAAUUUCCCAUAAUGCACCUGUGUCCGCUAUGGCUGUGCGCUCCACCACUACUCACCGUAUACUAUGUGUGUGGAUGGAAGACGUUUUAAAGAAAAAGAAAAAAAAAAAACCACCUUCAGGUUGUUUUGCACUGUGGUCCUGAUUAAGGAUGUCGCAUUACUAUCAUUGUGUACUGUGUUGUAGCGUUUAUUUGCUAAAUUAACACUAUGCGAGAGGAAGUGAUGAAGGACUAGCGAGGGUGGGUUUGGUUUUGAUCUUGUUGCGUUCUAUAUAUAAAAUCUCUGCACACACUGUUUAAUGCAGAAGUUCAUCCUCGCGACACCGUAAGAAAAAAACAAGUACCUUUCCUUGUCAUUGGCUGCAUCUUUCAUACCUUUAGUGUGUAUGUUUUACCUGGAAAGGUGGAUACCUUUUAAAAAUUACUACAUUAAAGGUACAACAGUGGUUCUUAAGGUCCAGCUGUGUACCAUAAAUCAGUUUAAAAGUACACUGUAUUCUCGUUGUCAUGUGAAAGAUGCGUACUACAGGUAUGGCGGUAGGUGGUACCACACCAGUGACAAGGGAAAGUACAGUUUAGUGUGUUUUUUUUUUUUUUUGUUUUUUUUUGUUUUUUUCCUGUGUAUGUAGCGAACCACCACCACUGCUGCACUGCACACUACUGUAUUGCUGUAUAUGCAGACUGUCACUGCUGAGAGGGAUUUAUUUAUAAAAAUGUGUAGCCUAAUAUCAUGUUACCUGUGAUGAUAUCAAGUCUGCGUGAUGUAAAUACUGUGAAGUUUGUCCCACACCUCAGCGAUGACACAUGAAGGGAUUCGAUCUAGCCCAUUUCACACUGACCUGAGAUCAGAUCUUGCAGUUCAAAAGUGGAUACAGCUGAUCUGAGAUCAGUGUUGAACCCGAGCUCACAUCAGUGGUGCGUCCUGAUUUUUGUCUAGUGAUGGAUGUCCCUGGGUCACCAAGUGAAAUUAGUGAGGUAGUCCAUACUGCAGAACCAAAAGUCUAAUCACUUUCUGUAACCCCUAAUCCCUAACACAUGAGGUGCAUUAGAACACAACAACAAAAACACUGAGUUGACUUCACCCCCAUGGAGUUUGGUUUGACUCCGCCUAGAUAGGAGGAGCUGGAUCAGGUCCGACUCCACCCCCUGGAGUUUUAUUUCAACUCCACCCAGGUGGAAGGACCUGGAUCAGGUCCGAUUCCACCCCCUGGAGAUUUUAGUUCAACUCCAACUAGGUGGGAGGAGCUGGAUCAGAUCCGAACUCCACCCCCCUUGGACCUUUGGUUUGGCUCUGACCCCCAGUAGGAGGAGUUGGAUCCGGUCGGAAUCCACUCCUUGGAGUUUUGUUUCUAAUCCUCCCAGGUAGCAGGAGCUGGAUCAGAUCCAACUCCACCUCUUGGAAUUUUGCUUCUGCAGCGAGUGGUGCUUUGUUCCUGGGUCAACCAGCCAAUCGAAAACUUGGUCAUAUGACAUCACUACAGCAUUGUGCAUAAUGUCACUGGUGACUUGGCUAAUAAAAAAAACUUAUAAUAAAGAAACAGUAUUUAAUGCUAAGCACUACAUCUACAUGAAGAAAUUUGAAAGUUAAUGGUGAUGUCAUGAUGAAGUUUGUGAUUGGUUAAUCAGAUGCAACCUAAGUUCCACCCUCGUUGCCCGAAUAUGUCUGUCACUAAGCAAAAAAACGGAAUAUGUCUGAUUUGCCUAACACUAGGUUAAAACACUGUAGUGUUUAGCCUGUAAAAUCUAACACACAAAGGGAGAAGGAAGCUGUCUUUUUCCACUGCUGAGCUUUAUCAGUACGAGUGGAUUUAAUCUGUGUGUGUCUAACUACUGUGUAACUCAGGUGGAGAAAUGUUGACCCUAUUUCUCUUCUUAGCUUUAACUUAUGCACCGUUUUUCAUCAUCUCACCAUUUUUCUACUUUAAUUUCACCCUUUCCCUCCCCAUCCCUCUCUCUUUCCGUCUCCACACAUUCACACUUUUUUGUAAAAAUUUAAUGCACAAUGGGGGGGAAAAAGCAAACUGCAAGAGCCAGAGCCUGUGGAAACUACUGUGUGCAUAUAAUUCUUUAUUCUUUUAUUAUUAUUAUUAUUAUUAUUAUUAUUAUUAUUAUUGUUAUUAUUGUUAUUAUUCUCAAUCUUGUUCACUCAUGUAAUAUAGACACCACACUUUUGUUUUAUAAAUGUUCUUUUAUGUAAAGCUCUAGUUAUUACUUUGAUUUUAUUUUUGUAGAUAUGGGACAAAAAUAUGUAAAUUAUUUUAUCUCCCUGUUUAAAAAUGGCAAGAUUGUUAGCUGCACAGAAGGAAACUGUAAAAAUGAUCACGAGUCAUUUGUUUUGUGAUGUAAAAAAAAAAAAAAUGAUCCAAAUAAAUAAUUAAAUAAAUAAAAACGUGUUGCAGUUAUCAAAAUUA